CUAACGUAUCCUUGCUUUAGAUUCAGAUACAAUGAACAAACUCAGUUUCACAGUUAUGGUGGUAUUAGUCCUUAUUGGAUUAUUUGCCACUCAGAGUGAUGCAGGCUAUGAUUAUUAUCCAGGAUAUAACUCACCAUAUGCAUACAACAAUGGUUACCAUGGUUAUAACGGAUACACUGGAUAUCAUGGAAAUUAUGGCUGGAAUAAAGGCUGGAAUAACGGUCCCUGGGGAGGACCAUACGGAAACAAAGGCUACCUUUAUAAAUAUUAACAAAAAAUUAACAAUGUCGAUAUUUAUGAUAGAUAAUUAAAGAUUAACUGAU